GCAUUUUGCCAAACUGCCACUAUAGCGUUACUCUGCACGAUGUUCCUGUCUUGGACUAUGCAAUAGGAAACUGUGAGGUUACAGUGAUUUGUCGCUCACUGAGAAGGGCUGGGACCGUUAUAUUUAUAAACCCGUUUCCUUCACUGGCUGGCCUAUUUCAUUUUCAAGAUGCCACGGUCGUUUCUUGUAAAGAAACAUUUUAACUCCGCUAAGAAGCCAAAUUACAGUGAACUGGACAGUCCCACAGUGUUAAUUUCACCGUACUUGUAUAAGGGCUUCCCGGUGCCUGUCAUUCCCCAGCCGGAGAUUCUCAGCUCGGUGGCAUAUAAUCCUAUCACUGUGUGGACUACGAGCAACCGGCCGCUAUCCCCUCUACCGAAUGACCUCUCUCCUAUCUCUGGAUACCCUUCGUCCCUCGGACGUGUUAGUCCACCGCCGCUUUCUGAUACUUCGUCUAAGGACCACAGUGGUUCUGAGAGUCCGAUAAGCGACGAGGACGAGAGAAUCCACACCAAACUCACAGAUCCGCAUGCCGAAACUGAGAAGUUUCAAUGUAGUUUGUGCAACAAGUCCUAUUCCACGUACUCAGGACUGCUAAAGCACAAGCAACUGCACUGUGAUGCACAGACAAGGAAAUCGUUCAGUUGUAAAUACUGCGAAAAGGAGUAUGUCAGCCUUGGAGCUUUGAAGAUGCACAUAAGGACCCACACUUUGCCUUGCGUCUGUAAAAUAUGCGGCAAAGCUUUCUCCAGACCGUGGCUGCUUCAAGGACACAUCAGAACGCAUACCGGAGAGAAGCCCUUUUCGUGCCCACAUUGCAGCCGAGCCUUUGCAGACCGGUCCAACCUCAGGGCGCACCUACAAACCCAUUCUGAUGUGAAAAAAUACCAAUGCAAAAACUGUUCCAAAACCUUCUCCAGAAUGUCUCUUCUACACAAGCAUGAGGAAUCUGGCUGUUGUGUAGCACACUGAGACGGGAUAAGCAACAGAGACCUUUACUACUCCAGUGGAGGAUAUAAUGAGGUUCUUUAAAACAUCUGCGUGAUCUCUUUGACUGAAAAACCAAAUCCAUGUCAUUUCAAUGUAAAACUCAGUAUAAACUCUUGUCACAUACAUUUCAUUUAAACAGUAUUGUUUCUUUUUACUUUUUCCAUUGCAAUCAGUGUUCUUUCUACUGCCAAGUGCCUAGUUACUCUUACUGUAAUUGUUCCAUUGGAUGGAUCUGACUCUGCAUUAGGCCUUCUCAAGUGUCGUGAUGUUCUAACCAUUUUCAAUUAUAGGAUUGGUAUCAGGAAUGGUUACAGCCAUUUUUAUAUUUACCUUGCACCUUUUAAAGCACUGCACGACACAUUCCACAUGGUUCGUGGUAGCUAUACAAAGAGGUGGUUUCCAGCCCAUAGGAUUUAUGAAGCCAUUGCUGUAUAGGGAAUUUGUGCAAGUCCUUUUUUUAAAGAAUGAAAGUAUUUAAACGCAAUAACUGUUUGACAGCACUCAAAAUAGCAAUACUCUUGUCAAGUGCCUUAACUCAAUUUGGCAUUUGUGUAAUGUUUGUUUCUAAAUAAUUAAGUUUUGCAUUUAUAUUUUUAUAUAUUUGAAUGUAUUAUGCGUGGAUGAAAUGAGUGUAUUGUAUCUAGACUGUUUGAAUUGCAAAAGCAUGAAUGAAUGAAUGUUAUUAGUGUUUUUUACACACAUUUUAAAUAAAAAAAUGCAGGAAUUGUA